AUGCCUCCUUCUUCGAAGCCCACACUGCCUCCCAUCUCUACUUCAAAGUCUCCAACUUUCCCCUCUGAACUUCACCAGAGUCCCGUGCUACUUAUGGGGAAGUUGGAAGGUAUCAAGCAGGAGGAUUCUCUGCAGAAAACACCCAUCACACCCCCUGUGGCAUAUGCAGACUUCCUCAAGUCAGUCACUCCUGUCUUGACCAGCCCGAUGAGAACUGGUUCGUCCGUCCUAUCCGAGAGGAGCUCGGGACAUACCUCCCCAACCACUCAGCCUUCAACUGCUAGCAGCACAUUCUUCUGUUCCUGCGAUAGCCAUAAGCCGCACAAAUCACCCGCUGCUUCAAUUCCCCCACCAUCCCCUUUUGCACACCCAAGAUCCGCCAGGACUCCCAAAUCGUUGCGCGCGCUUAGGAUACCACCAUCCCCCAGCAUACGCUCACCCAUGAGUGCAACAUCUCCCAAGAGUGCAUCGUGCACAUCAGCACGGUCGCAGUUUUCUCCGUCAGACUGGUGCGGCUCGCCAGGCGCUCGCUACUUCGAUCCUCCGCGAAGCGCAUCUGGACGAUCUGUUUGCGUUCGACAUGUUAUCACCCGCACAGUAACCUACAAACGCACCCCACUGGAUCCAGCGCCAAAAGGCAAGCGAAGGAAAACAAGUGAAUAA